UCCUUCCCCUUCCUCCAGCCACGGAUCGAGACGUCCCAAUCGAGCUGCUUGCUAACCAGUAAUCACACAAUCUCACGCACCGCCAUUGCCAGCAGCAGCUGCAGCGAAUCAGUGUGUCAGGGCGAUGGGAGUGGGGUCGGAGUGCGACAGGAUAAAGGGCCCCUGGAGCCCCGAGGAGGACGAGGCGCUGCGGCGGCUGGUGGAGCGUCACGGCGCGCGGAACUGGACGGCGAUCGGGCGGGGCAUCCCGGGCCGGUCGGGCAAGUCGUGCCGGCUGCGGUGGUGCAACCAGCUGUCGCCGCAGGUGGAGCGGCGGCCCUUCACCCCCGAGGAGGACGCCGCGAUCCUGGCGGCGCACGCACGGCUCGGCAACCGGUGGGCCGCCAUCGCGCGCCUGCUCCCCGGCCGCACCGACAACGCCGUGAAGAACCACUGGAACUCGUCGCUCAAGCGGAAGCUCUCCACCGCCACCACGGCGGCGGCGGAGGAGGAGGGGCCCGAAGCUGAGCGGCCGUGCAAGCGUGCAAGCCCCGGGCCGGGGAGCCCGACGGGGUCGGAGCGCAGCGAGCUCAGCCACGGCUCCGGCGGCGGCGCGCAGGUGUUCCGCCCCGUCCCGCGCGCGGGCGGGUUCGACGCCAUCACCGCCGCGGACGCGCGCCCGCGCCCUCCCCCGCCGCCGCCGUCGCGGGACGAGGACCCGCUCACCUCGCUCUCCCUCUCGCUGCCGGGGCUGGACCAGGCGUCGCCGGGGUUCCACCACGACAGCGCCCGGAGCCACUUCCAGGAGCUCUCCCCCUCGCGCUCCCCGUCGCCGCCGUCCCCCUCCUCCUCCGCCGCGUACCCGUUCAGCGGCGAGCUGGUGGCGGCGAUGCAGGAGAUGAUCCGGGCCGAGGUCCGCAGGUACAUGUCCGGCACGGGGCUCCGCGCCGGGUGCGGCGCCGGGGCCGUGGGCGAGGCGUGCAUCGUGGAGGGCGUGAUGCGCGCCGCCGCGGAGCGCGUCGGCGCCACCGUCGUCGUCACCCGGCCGUAGGGAAACCGAAUCAGAUCGAAUCAAUGCGAAGCAUUGUGUUAAUCAAGAUCCGAUCCCUGUGUAGCAGUACUACUAGUAGUUGUUCUCGUGGCCGUUGUAUGUAGGAGGAGCUCUGCUCGCUGUUUAUUCUUCGGCAUCCGGCCGCUCUGAAUUCACAAGGAAGGAAACAGAGCGGCGGCGGAAGCCGGAAAGGUGGAAAUGGAAGAGGAGGUCGGCAGUAAUCGAGCCUGCCGUUUCUUUACUUGAAUGUGGUCACGGUUUGUUCGAAAAA